GAGAAACAUACACAUACGAGUGGACACCAGUGACAAUUCCUGACAAUGCUGAGACAGCCAAAAUGGAUGGAAAGAACACGGACACCCUCAGACUGUCCAAUCUUAUUGCUGGCCUGUAUGUUCUCAAAAUUAAAGUCACUGGACAGAACAAAUUCGGAGAGGCUGUGAUCAACGUAACAGUUCUUCCUC